AUGUCCCGCUUGGUGAACGGUGUCAAGUCCUUCUCCACUGCGGCCUCCUCGCUGCUUGCCGACGCUUCUGCGGCUGCUGCACGAUCCGCUCGUCAACCGACCUCGUUCCAAGUCUUCCGUGACGUCCCCGAACUUCGCCAAUUGCGACGGAAAUUGAUUCAAAAUGAUCGCACUAUGGGAUUCGUGCCCACAAUGGGUGCCCUUCACGAAGGUCACCUGUCGUUGAUUCGAGAGGCCGCCCGGGAGAACACUGACGUCUUCGUGAGCAUCUACGUUAACCCGACUCAAUUUGGCGUCAACGAAGACCUUUCAAGUUAUCCUCGUACUUGGGAUAGUGAUGUCGAGAAAUUGGAGAAGCUCAACGAAGAGCUCGGUAAUUUGGGUGCUGGCACGGGACGAAUUACUGCCAUCUUCGCCCCGACCUCGAAGGUCAUGUACCCUACCUUACCACCUUCGUCGGAAAUCGACGGCCACGGCUCAUUCGUCACCAUCACACCUCUUGCGAGAAAGCUUGAAGGUGUUUCUCGCCCGGUAUUCUUCCGCGGCGUUGCGACAGUCUGCAUGAAGCUAUUCAAUGCGACCACGCCCGAUCGGGUCUACUUUGGACAGAAGGACGUGCAACAAACAGUGAUCAUCAAACGGAUGGUCAAAGACUUCCUUAUCGAUACUGAGGUUCGGAUCGUUGCAACUGCCCGCGAGGCUGACGGCCUGGCGUUGAGCUCUCGGAAUGUCUAUCUUGGUGCUCGCAGGCGGACCGUGGGACUCACCCUUUACAAAGCCCUGAGUGCCGCAGCGGAGGCAUACAAGGCAGGCAAGACCUCCCGUGAUGAUAUUUUGGGGGCUGCCCGCACUGUUGCUGAGCGUGUACUGUCCGAGCAGCAGUCGCUUUCUCCGUCGGAGCGGGCACUGUACGAAGUUGACUACAUCUCCCUCGCUGAUCCCGAGAGUUUGGAGGAGCUCGACCUCGUCGAUCUCAAAAGGGGAGCUGUUCUAAGCACUGCGUUUAAGAUGGCCCCUCUAGAGGAGACUAAGCCCGGCGAGGAUUGCGGUUUGGGAGAUGGAAAGGUUCCCGUACGGUUGAUUGACAACAUGAUCCUCCAGCCUCAGGCUUAA